UCCCGGGGUCCCAGCAUGGCGGGCCAUGGCGCCCCGAGGGCUCCGCCGCCGGUCACGCUCCAAGUGGGCGUCCGGGUUCCCCAACUCGCCGAGGCGCCCGUGGAGCUGCGAGACGCCGCCCGGCGCCUGGUGGUGGACGCGGCCGGGAAAGCGCUUCCCUUCGGAUCCCUGUACCGGGAGCGGAAGGCGAUCGUUGUGUUUGUGCGGCAUUUCUUGUGUUAUGCCUGUAAGGAAUAUGUGGAAGAUCUGGGCAAAAUUCCCAAGACAUUUUUACAAGAUGCAAAUGUCAGACUUGUGGUUAUUGGACAAUCAUCGCACCAUCACAUUAAGCCGUUUUGCACUUUGACAGGUUAUCCUCAUGAAAUGUAUGUGGAUCCUGGAAGGGAAAUCUACAGGAUACUUGGCAUGAAAAGGGGUGAAGCAUCUGCAACAUCAGGGCAAAGUCCUCAUGUAAAAUCCAACCUGCUAUCGGGAAGCAUUAAGAGCAUGUGGAGAGCAAUGACGAGCCCGGCAUUUGAUUUCCAAGGAGAUCCAGCUCAGCAAGGGGGCACUUUGAUUUUAGGUCCAGGGGAUGAAAUCCACCAUGUGCACCUUGACGACAACAGGUUGGACCAUGUUCCCAUUAACACUGUUUUGCAACUUGCUGGAGUUCAAGCAGUAAACUUCACCAACAGACCUCCAAUUAUUGACGUGUGACUUUGUCAAAAGAAGAAAAAAAAAUCCAGGGAGCGAGUUAAAUGAUACAAUACAUGGCAACAGUGUGUUCAGCAAAUAACUUUGGAUGAGGUUACUGUAACAUUGGGAGAUCCCUGGCUACUGAAUAGUUCGGUUUCCGGUGGGUAAAAAUGGACUUCACACUUUAUUGUUUCAUUGAACACAAAGUUAAGUUGUGAUGUGUUUAACAAAAAAAAAGUGAUGUUUAAACGUGCAUAAAAAUAUACUUGGCAUACACAGUG